UUCAUCUUCCAGGAGGACAGACAGGAGCGCACCAGCAGUCUGCCCGACUCCCCGACAGCAUCGCACCUCUGUCCCGCCACACUCGGCUACUUUCUCGUUGCUUCCACCUAAAGAGGAUAAAGAGGGAAUUCUAGAUGUAAAGCAAAAGCCCAAUUUUGAGGUUUGAGUUGGAUGUUUCCUCCAUGUUGGUAUGGCUUGAUAACAAAGUUUCCUACCUUACCUUGUGAAAAAGAGGAGAAGAGGAGCGGAACUUUCAGGGGACCUUUUCUUGCACCGGAGUACCCGCUGGUUUUAACCUAGGAGGUCACAUCUGCCAUCGGCUCCGUUUCUGGCUGUGGAGGUGGAUGGUAUGGUAUAACUUUUACGCGCUAGUCGAGCCUGAGCGGUGUCAGUGUGAGAGAGGAGCCGUUUUAUAGAACCGGAGAGGGGAUGCGAGCCUCUUCUCCGUCUCGGUUAGCAAAGCGGCUAUGAGGAGAGAGGAUCACCUGCUGGGCUAACAGAACAAGACCACACCGCACUAACAGAAUGCGGGAACGGGGCUCUAGCAUUUGCGGAGUAGGUGUGUGGAGCCUACUACUGUCCCUCUGUCUGGCCUCCCUCACACAAGCACACAGGAGCCACACAGUGCAUGUGAAGGCAGGGACGUGUGAGGUGAUCGCUGCCCAUCGCUGCUGCAACAAGAACAAGAUAGAGGAGAGAUCUCAGACUGUCAAAUGUUCCUGCUUUCCUGGACAGGUUGCCGGCACCACCCGGGCCAUGCCCUCCUGUGUUGAUGCCUCCAUUGUAGCCCAGAAGUGGUGGUGUCAGAUGCAGCCGUGUAUGGAUGGUGAGGAGUGUAAGGUUCUUCCAGACCUAACAGGAUGGAGCUGCAGCACAGGCAACAAAGUGAAGACCACAAAGGUGACUCGAUAGUCCAGCCCGUCUCAAGAAGAGCUGAAAUUAUGGUGGAGUUACUUACACAGCACAAUGGACCUAUGGUGGGGAAACUCACUCAGACGGACUUCUAUGGGGAACUAGUAAUUGUUUCAUUUUCCUGAGGAUGUCCAAGAUGUGGAGGCUGACGAGACAGGACUGUAACACCGUCUUCCAUCAACUUAAACACAACUGAGUGUCCUUGAUUCGUUAGAAGUCUGCAUCACCCACAAUCCUUUACUGCAACUACAAACAACUUCAAAAAAAGUGAACUAUGACCUAAACAGCGCUUGAUUAGAUGACAAAAAACUUUCUUUACAACAAUGUGUAUUCUUCAUCUCUCUUCUAUGGCUUGGUUGUGUUCCAGACGCAUACUGGGAAUAAAGGGGAUCUGGAUUUUAGACAGCUAUCCUGCAUUACAACAUCACUACAAAAAAAAGGGCGGGAAGUGGAUCCAGAAUGGCUGUCUCGUGUGGUUUGGACAACACAUUUAAAAUGACCUGUGCCACAUAUCACAUACUUGAUGCUGUCAAAAUAUUUCUCAAAUCUGAAUCCAAACCAUUUCUUUUUUCAGAUUUCACCUACAUAAGGAUAUUUUACCUUGAAUAGUUUGUGGCUUACCACAUGCCAUUUUUUAAAAUGGGGAGACAGAUUGUCAGUCUUCUUUUUUCUUUUUAUUUUUUGACAAUGGACAAAAUCAUUUCAGGGGUGAGGUUAGACUAAUACCAAGUAGAUGUUAUGGUAUAUUGAAACAUGUAAACGUGUAAAAAAUAGUCCAUGGAAUCAACGGGGCUAAAAAUAAAUUGAUGCUCUAAUGGUUUUAAUAUCUGUGUUUUUAAACGCCUGUUAACCACUAUUGAGUACAUGUGUCAGUAUUAUAUGAAAUGAAUAAAACCUUUCAAAAGAAAA